GGCGUGGCCCGGGCGGGGGCGGGGCGAGCGCGGCGCCGGCAGCGAUGGCGGCCGACGGGGACUGGCAGGAUUUCUACGAGUUCCGGGAGCCGGCCGGGAGCCCCCGGGACCGGGACGACUGUCCCGCGAGCCCCGAGGCGGGGGCCGGGCCGGGCGGGGGAGGCGACGGCUUCCCGGCGCUCAGCUGCAGCCUGGAGGAGAAGCUGAGCCUGUGUUUCCGCCCCGCCGGGCGGGGCGCCGAGCCCCCGCGGGCUGCCGUGCGGCCCAUCACCGAGUGCAGCCUGCUGCAGGGGGACGAGAUCUGGAACGCGCUGACAGACAACUUUGGGAACGCCAUGCCCGUGGACUGGAAGUCCUCACACACCAGGACUCUGCACCUGCUCACUCUGAACCUCUCGGAGAAGGGGCUGGGGGACGGCCUGCUCCUGGACGCGGCGGAUGACGAGGAGCUGCGGGAGCAGCUGGACAUGCACUCCAUCAUCGUGUCCUGCGUGAGCGAGGAGCCGCUCUUCACGGCCGACCAGGUCAUCGAGGAAAUCGAAGAAAUGAUGCAGGAGUCCCCGGACCUGGAGGACGACGAGACGCCCACGCAGCCUGACCGGCUGUCCAUGCUCUCCCAGGAGGUCCAGACGCUGCAGAGGGCUGGCGACGGCUACGAAGCGCGGGUGAAGCGGCUCCCGGUGUCGGAGCUGACGGAGCUGCUGGAGCAGGUGGAGAACGCCAUCAAGGAGUUCUCGGAGGAGCUGGUGCAGCAGCUGGCCCUGCGCGACGAGCUGGAGUUCGAGAAGGAGGUGAAGAACAGCUUCAUCUCCGUGCUCAUCGCCGUGCAGAACCGGCAGAAGGAGCACCGGGAGACGGCCAAGAAGAAGAAGAAGCUCAAGAACGGCGGCGCGCAGAACGGGAAGCACGAGCGCGGCCACGUGCCGGGCACACGCUUCAGCAUGGACGGGAUCUCAAAUGCCUUUCAGUACGGCUUCCGCCACACCUUUGGGAAUUCGGGUGGAGACAAACAGUACUUGACAACAGUCAUUCCUUAUGAGAGGAAGAACGGGCCGCCGUCCGUGGAAGACCUGCAGAUACUGACAAAAAUUCUCCGUGCCAUGAAGGAGGACAGUGAGAAGGUCCCCAGCCUGUUAACGGAUUACAUCCUGAAAGCAUUGGCAUGAGAGCAGCAAGGUUCGAGUGCUGUGUCCUACCUAGGGGCCGUCCCGCGCCCCCUCCCGGCGCCCUUGCACUCGGCUUUGUGAGUCAGUAUUAACGGAUCCCGCUCCUGCUCGCCCGCGGACCGAGGCACCGUCUGGAUCCUGCAGGUGGCUCCGGUCACCGGCCCUCCCCGGUUCUGCAGCGUGAGGGGCCGGGGGCUGUGAGUCUCGGCCGCAGGAACUCGCCCCCCGCCUCUCUGGGCUUCUGGAACUUCCUGGUUGGAAAUGGCACUGACCGAGGCCCUGCAGCGGGGGUCCCGCUGUCCCAGCGAGCACUGCAGGCCCCGCCAGUCACAGUAUUACCCGCCGGUACUGCCCACAGCGCUGGGCACCAGGGCCGCCUGCACUGACCUCAGAGGCACUGGGGGGCGGAGGGGCGCGGGCCACUCGUUUUCAGGGUCCGGGGUGGGUGGGGGGUGCCGCCAAGUGUCUUUCACACUUGCGCGUGGGGAGAAAGUAAGGUGCUGGGGCCGCCUGGCCGCUCCCGGGCACACUGCACGCUGGCCUGGUUUCCCGACGCACUGAUUCUAGAAAGGUCUGCCCACGGGGACACGCGGCAGGGCAGGGGACGCCCUGCCCACGGCAAGCGGGGCUGCAGAAUAAACGCAACGGAACGGUC